CGAGAUUUAAAAUGUAAACCCGCGGUCACUCGUUGCAGCCGGGCUGGCGCUUUCUUCAGGCGAGUCUGCACCUCCCGGUUCUCCUCCGAGUCAGAGGAUGGCUGUACUUAAUCAGAAGUCUGUCUUGGAUAUGAUUAAAGAGUUCAGAAGGAAUUGGCACACUUUUUGUAACUCUGAGAGAACUACUGUAUGUGGUGCAGACUCCAUGCUCUUGGCAUUGCAGCUUUCCAUUGCAGAGAACAACAAACAGUACAGUGGAGAAUUUACAGUCUCUCUCAGCGAUGUCUUAUUGACCUGGAAAUACUUACUACAUGAGAAAUUGAACUUACCAGUUGAAAAUAUGAAAGUGAUUGACCAUUAUGAGAACAUUAGGAAGAUUUAUGAUGACUUCUUAAAGAAUAGUAACAUGUUAGAUAUGAUCGAUGUUUAUAAAAAAUGUAAUGUUUUGACUUCUAAUUAUGAAAAUUAUGCCAACAUAUCUCCUAGUCAACUACGGGAUUUUCUGUCUGGCAGACAGUAUGCAGUAGAUAAUGAAACUGAUUUUUCUCAACCAAUGUCACCAAUGAGUAAACACAACCAGGAUAAUGAAAAGGUACAGUUACUAGCAAAGAAAAUUAUCUACUCAUAUUUAAACCUGCUGGUGAAUUCAAAGAACGACUUGGCUCUGGCUCAUAUUCUCAAUAUUCCUGAUAGAGGGCUUGGAAGAGAAGCCUUCACUGAUUUGAAACAUGCUGCUCGAGAGAAACAGAUGUCUAUCUUUUUGGUGGCUACAUCAUUUAUUAGAACAAUAGAGCUUGGAGGGAAAGGAUAUGCACCAUCACCAUCUGAUCCUUUAAGGACACAUAUAAAAGGAUUGUCUAAUUUUAUUAAUUUCAUUGACAAAUUAGAUGAAAUUCUUGGAGAAAUACCAAAUCCAAGUAUUGCAGGGGGUCGGAUACUCUCAGUGAUAAAGAUGCAGCUGAUUAAAGGCCAGAACAGCAGGGAUCCUUUUUAUAAAGCAAUAGAGGAAGUUGCUCAAGAUUUGGAUUUGAGGAUUAAAAGUAUUAUCAAUUCUCAACAAGGAGAUUUAGCUCUUAGUACCACUGACAUCAGUCCUGCACGGCCAAAAUCUCAUGCCAUAAACCGUGGCACUGCAUACUGUGGCAGAGAUACUGUGAAAACUUUACUAGUUCUUUUGGAUGAAGAAGCAGCCAGUGCUCCUACCAAAAACAAAGCAGAGCUUUUAUAUGACGAUGAAAACACAACUCAUCAUAAUGGAACUUCUAUUCUUACACUUUUUAGAUCUCCCACACAAGUGAAUAAUUCAUCGAUGAAACCCCUAAGGGAACGUAUCCAUAUGUCAGUGCAAGAGAAAACAAUUAAGAUGAAGCAAACCUUAAUUAGAUCUCAGUUUGCUUGUACUUACAAAGAUGACUGCAUGAUAAGCAAGGAUAAGUGGAAUAAUGUUAAUUCAGCAUCAAAGCCUUUGUGUGUUCUUCACAUGGAAAAUGACCUUUCUGGAGGUGUAAAUUCACCUGUUGGAAGACCAACAAUUGGAACAAGUUCUGGAAAUGUUCAUCUGGACAGAAGUAAAAAUGAAAAAGUGGCAAGAAAAUCAAUUAGUCUGACAGGAAAUAAAGGCUCAAAAAGGAAACAGGUGGAUUUGGAUGAUGAAAAUAUUCUCUGUGAUAAUGGAAACGAACCACCUCAACACAAAAAUGUUAAGAUACCUAAGGCAUCAAAAGAUUUGCAGAGUAAAUUAGAUGGCAAACUAGUUAGAGCUGCAAAAAGCAACAAAUGUACUGGCAAGGACAAAUUGAUUACUGGCCAGACAAAGUUAACUCAGUUUUUUAGACUAUGAAUUUGUCUUUUAUGUUCUUUAGAUUUAUGUAUAUAUAAAACCAUUCACCAAAGGCAUCUACUAAAUUUUUUUUUUUUUUUUUUUUUGCGGUACGCGGGCCUCUCACUGCCGUGGCCUCUCCCGUUGCGGAGCACAGGCUCUGGAUGCGCAGGCUCAGCGGCCAUGGCUCACGGGCCCAGCCGCUCCGCGGCAUGUGGGAUCUUCCUGGACCAGGGCACGAACCCGUGUCCCCUGCAUCGGCAGGUGGACUCUCAACCACUGCGCCACCAGGGAAGCCCCCAUCUACUUAAUUUUUAAGAGAUCAAGGUGUAAAUUAUGGUGCUUUAUUAUUUCGGUCUGCAGUGUAUGUAAGGUUAGCAUGUUAAGCAUUGUUUAAAAAAUACUAGUAAGUCAUAAUUAUUCAGAAUAUUCACAAAGUUUAAUGCACAGGUAAAGCAUAUCAUUUAGGUAUAACUACUUUCUUUGAAAACAGACAUUUAAAAUAAUACAAAUCAUAGUAACAUUAAGGGCUUUUUCCCCACAGGCAAUUAAAUGAUUUUGUUUUCUUCUGAAAUGAUGAUGUGGACCAACAGGUAUCAGACUUGCCAGCAAGGUCGAUAGACUCUUCCCAGCAUACACCUGAGCACUGAAGGAAAAAAAAAGCUUAAAUUGUUUAAAGGACUAGUAUCACACAAAAUUGAUUAGAAAUGAAAGAAUGGACCUAGUAUAGCUAAUUCUGAGUAAAUCAAAAUUAUAAUAACUAAUAACUAAUUAUAGUAACUAAUUAAAUACUUUUUAAUUUCACAUCUUUUGCAGGGGUCACUUAAUAUCAAGUAAAUUGAACCAUGGUCUUGUUUGAUUUUGUCAUGAUUGGACCCAAAUUCAAUUAAACUUAGAGUUCUAUUUUAUGGUAUUAAGAUAUAAGAAUUGAAUUUUAAAAAGACUACUCACUGUCAAAAUCUCUCCUUCCUAUAGGAAAUUUAGCUGAGUUUUCUUCAUCUGCAAUUUCUCUCUUUUCUUGUAUUGAUUCAGUAUUUUGAACUUCAUUCUCAGCUGGAAAAGCUACAGAUCCUUUUAGUGCAAGAUAAGGUUUUAUAGCCAGAUUCAGUGGCAGACCAUUAUUUAAGAAAUUGUGUUUGGAACCUGCAUUCUGUAAAGAAAAGGUUGAUUUGUGUUUUAGCUGUCUUAUUGGGAAUAGAACUAUGAUACAAUUGUGUAAUAGUCUUAUUGAUCAAAGAUGCUCUACACUGUUUUGACUCUAAAAAAUAUUUUAGAUACAAGGUUUUCAGGGAAUAAAAACCUUUUGAAUAAGAGAUGUUUUCCAGAAUGGAAGAACAACCUGGUAUGUAGGAAAUUUGAUCAAUUGUCCUAAUGCAUAUUUUGACUUUUUUUCACAUACUUCUGCUUAUAAAAGUAUCGACUUUACUUCCAAAGGAUUCAUAAAAAUCAUUCAAAUUUCCAUUGAAAUAAAGGAUAAGUCACACUGCUACUUACCUUUGAAUUUUUGUUUUCCUCAUCAUUCAUGAAAUUGCUCUCAUCAUUUUUAUAUUCCUCCAGGGAAGGAACAACAAUUGAUUUUUCUUCAGUAUCUUCCUUCUGAAAGGCUUUCCCCAGCCUCAGUGUUUUAAAUACCAUGUCAUCUUCUAAAUUUCUUAUUGACUUGGAGGCUGAAGGCGAAACACCUUGAGAAAGCAAAGAAAAAGUUAGUAUUAAUAUGUAGGAAGAGAAACUCAUUUUUGCCAUUCUUAGUUUGAUGUUUGCACGGAGUCAAACAAGGAUGUGUAAAAUGAAGUAAAAUUUCUCAACCUGCUUUGUAAAUGAUUCCUACCUUUAUAUAUUUUCCAGCUUGAAUAGAAAGCACUUGAAAGACUUAGACUUUGAUCAUCUUAAAAAUGACUCAUUAGAUAGAAGCUAACUUUUUGUAUAGCUGCUAAUACACUGUUUGGGUUUUAGUGGCAUAUUGUUUAUUUUGAGUGUGAAUUUUCUCAGAAUCUGAUUAAGAUCCUUGGUAGAAAGCUUCUGUUGAGGAGAUUAUAGUCUCUUGAAAAUGGGUUGUUAUUAAGGAAGACCACAGGACAUCGGGCUCUCCAUAUUCUUGUUUAUUCAUAUUGUUCCCUUCUGUUUAUUUUCUGAUUAAGUAAAAUAUUAAAACUAAAGUUAUUUCUUUCACUCAGGAUAAUAAGCGUCAAAGUUUAAAUACAUUUAAUCCUGAUUAAGUUGAAAUACUCUUCAGAAAGAAUUUUUCCAUAAAUGCUCGGAAUAGUCUUUGGUGUUUAAAGUAUAUAUGCCUGUCAGUAUGAACAAAAAGUCAUUCAUGUUAUAUCUAAAAUUGACCUGUCAGGUGUGUUUUAUCUCUAUAUUUACAAAAGGGUAU